GCAGUUUACUAAACAUAGCAUUAACAAACCUUGUCAACCCCACGGCAUUCCUCGUAGCACGCAGCGCAGUCUAUGGUGUCUCCAACCAACCAAACUCCCUCAUAUCUGUUAAUAAUAUAAACUCAUGCAGAUCACGAAACCUCGUUACCAAUCAUCAUCCUCGUACAGCUCUGCUGUUUCUCUACUCUGCCUGAGAGAACCAGCUACAUUAUAUCAUAUUCUUUCUUUGUUUCUUAAGACGACAACAAAUGGCACGCCCUGUAGUUAUCAUGGCUCUCCUUGCCAUUGCCUUUGUCGGGUUGGUUUCCGCCGAUGGAAACAGCGAGAUCAUCAAGGGUGGCACUGGUGCUGCAGCGGCAGCCGCUCCUCUCCCAGCCGCUGGACCCUCCAACGACAAUGAAAUUGGAAACACAGAUGGAGAUGGGCAGGCGGACGACGUUGCAGAGGCCCCCGUUGGUGGACCUGUUCCUCCUGGUGCAUUCUCUCCAACUGAUUCUCCAUCAGGUGGAGCAAGUGGCCUCGUGGCGCUAUCUGCUGCCUCGGGCACUGCUGCUGUUGCCCUGGUUGCUGGCUUUUUAUUUUAAGCAAAAAUUGAUUUACAUGCAGAUAUUACUCAUACCUACACUUACUCUUGAGAUCAUCUAAUAUUGCUGCAAUCUCUGAAACAUUGUUCAUAAUUACUAGUCUCAAAACAUUGUAUAACUAAACUAAUAGUGUAAGUAUAUUUAUAACUUUUCAUAAUAUACCAUAUGAAUUUCUGGCUAGGAAAGAUAGAGAAGCUUUUCUACCAUUUUGUCAAAUAUCCUCUUCAUGCAUGCAGCUAGCUACAUACAUAUGAUUUUGAUUUGAAAUUUGAACAAGAAUAAAAAAUAUGUAUAUUUAUUUACUUUGUUAUGAUCGAUCAUAUACUAUACUUUUAUGAAAUAUAAUCACAUUAUGUGAUGAAAUAUCCAUAGUCAAACAUGGA